ACCUCAAAUCAUUCGUCACUGGUGCGGAACCACAUGAUUGAUGUUUGCGUUUUCGGAGUGAUAAACAAUUCAAUUAUUAAUUGCAUAAUCACAAAGUGAAUAUUGUCAGAAGAUCGAAAUGCUGGAGGAAUCAGAGUACGAAGGGGACCUUGACGAGUACGACAUUUACAAACGGAAAUAUCAACUUUUACUAGACAGAUGCGAACUCCUGCAGCAGGAUAAUGAACGACUUGUCUAUCGAAUCCAGACCGUCAGGAAACUUCUGAAACGCACGAGAAAGGAGAAAAAGUUCCUGAUUGAUCGACUCGAUCAACAUGGAGAUCGGUGGAGGGAAGCCCCUAUGGGCGUCUCAGAGGAGAACAGUGUUUUCCAGGCAACGGUGAAGUCAGAGAAGCAGCAGAAGACAUCACAAGCAGCGAAGGAAGAGAAACCGAAGAAGGGAACGAAGAGAAAAGGAGGAAAGACUGAUCCAAAUGCUCCAAAACGUCCUGCAAAUCCGUUCUUCCAAUUCUGUCAGGAGCAGAGGCCUAGGGUGAUGGAGAGGCUCGCUGGAGAGCCUGAACCCAGCAAACAAGAGCUCACUAGACAACUUGCCACCACUUGGAAGUCGUUGAGUUCAGAAGAUAAAAAGGUUUACUAUGAUAUGUACGAAAGAUCGAAGGAGAAAUAUGUCGCUGAAAUGCAGAUUUAUAACAAAAAGAGUGAAGACACGCCUAGUCAAAUUCCCCUGCACAUAACUUAAAAAUUUAUGCUAUUUGAAGUAAUAAAUAUUGAUAAUUUCGCUACAA